GUUCUUCAUCCCUUCUCUCAGGACAGUGUCUUCUUUCUACUUCAAACUUUUCAAUUCUAUUCUUCAAGAGCUGUGCUCUAUUUCCAUUCAUUCUCAGCUUCUCUGUCAUUCCUUGAUACCCCAAUUUUUACACCGUUUUCGCUUCACGACAGUCAUUCCAAAAUGAAGUCCUCCAUGAUCCUUCUCAUUGCUACCGGCCUGGUGUCGGGUCUGAGCAUCCCCAAGCAGCUGGAUACCCGCCAGGCCGUCGCCCAGGCCCCGGCCGCCGCUCCCGCAGCCGCUGUUCCUGUUGCGGCACCUGCUGCUGCUCCCGCCGCUCCCGCUGCUGAGGCUCCCGCCGCUGCACCCCCGGCUGCUGCACCUGCGGACGCCGCCGCCGAGGAAGCGAAGAAGAAGGCUGAAGAGGAAGCUGCCAAGAAGGCGGCCGAAGACGCUGCCAAGGCUGGUGAGGGCGCCGCCGCUGCUCCUCCGGCUGAGGCUGCCCCCCCUGCCGCCGCCCCUCCUGCUGAAGAGGACGCUGCGAAGAAGGCACAGGAGGAUGCGGCCAAGCAGGCCGAGGACAAGCAGAAGGAGGCCGCUAAGGAAGCUGCUAAGCAGGCUGAGAAGGCGAUGGGCGAUUACCAGAAGGGCAACAACAACAACGACAACAAGGGCGAUAAUAACAAGGGCAACAAUAACAACAACAACAAUGGCAACAACCGCAACAACAACAAGAACAACAACAACAAUAACAACAACAACAACAACAAUGCCUUGUUGCUCCAGAACAUCCAGCUCCUCCUCGCCGCCAUGAACCUGCAAAACGUCGUCAACGUCCAGGCCCUCGCCCAGCUCCAGGCACAGCAGCAGCUUGUGAUGCUCGCCCAGCUUCAGCAGCUCGCUCAGCUCAACGCCGUCGGCCUCGUCAACCAGGUCCAGGUCGUCGCUCUCAUGCAGCAGGGUCUCGUCCUCGGUGGCGUCCAGCUCGGCGGCGUCCAGGUUGUCAAGAUCCAGUGAACAAUUCGUUCCAGAAGUUCUGGGGGAGGGAACAUAUGAUCUACAGGUCGAUGUAACUGCAAAAAUGUAAUUGAUACAAUUUCACCGGGCAAGGAGCAUUCAUCAACCAGUGUUGAGCACCGGGGACGCCACUGUGUUUGUUUAGAUGUCUCAUGCGUUGCGGAGUUGUAAGGGAACCCGUGCCGCGUGACCGAUUU